AUGAGCUCCUCCCUCGAGGCCAAGAUCGUUGUCCUCGGCGCUCAAGGCGUCGGCAAAACCUCCCUCGUGCAGCGGUACGUCAAAAACGCCUUCAACGCAUCCGCCACAACUUCCACCGUCGGCGCCUCGUUCGUCACAAAGCGCGUGCUCGACAGUACGUCGGACACGCUCGUGCGGCUGCAGAUCUGGGACACGGCCGGCCAGGAGCGCUUCCGGAGCAUAUCGCGGCUGUACUACCGGGGCGCGAACGCCUGCCUGCUGUGCUACGACAUCACCGACGAGUCCAGCUUCAACGAGAUGACGGGCUGGCUGCACGAGCUGAAGCGGAACCUGGCGUCCGACGACGAACCCCUCGUCAUCCACGUUGUCGGCACAAAGAGCGAUAUCGUGGCGGAUGACCCCGGGCGCCGGCGCGUGCCAUUUGAGAGGACGAUCGCAUACAUCGCAGAGCAGCUGUAUCCGAGCCGUGCGUCGACGCCGCCGCCGACUGCGACGCCGGUUAUGACGCCGGGAUAUGCGCGGUCAUCGGGUGCGACGAUCGGGGUGGGGAUGGGGGUGGACAGUAAACGGAACAGCGGGUUCUGGGGUCAGGAUAUCGGGUGGGACUGUUGCCAUGAGAUCAGUGCCAAGGACGGCGAGGGCGUCGAGGAGGUGUUUCGGGUGAUUGCGCGGAAGCUGGUGGAGCAGCGGAAUCGACGCGACAUGUACGCGGGUGGUGUUUUGUCGCCCGGGGGUGGUCCCUUUACGCCGCUGGACGCGGGUCCGUCUUCUGCGGGGGCUGGGGUUGGAGGUGUUGAUGGGGGAGGCAGUUUCCGGCUUGGAAUGGGCGAUAAGAGACGGAGUUGGCUUAUGUUUCCGCCGAGCAGUGCUGGCGAUGACGGGGAAGAGGCGGUGGAGGUUGUACAGCGGAGGGGGCGAUGUUGUUGA